UAUCAUAAUUAAGCACCUCAGCCCGACGGUUCCUGUUUACCACCGGGUUGCUAGGCAGUGACAUCAGCUGAUCCCUCCCCUCCAUCCUCCCUCCCUCCCUCUCUCUCUCCCUCUCUCUCUCUCCCUCUCUAAUCCCUUCCCUCGCUGACACUCACACACUUAUACCACCACUCUCUCUGUCUGAGACAGACGAGCAGCACCGACGUGUGGAGGUACAGAGGAAGAGGAGGAGGACGGACCCAGGGGGAGGUAGUAGUUGCAAGAGUGUGUGCAGGUGUGAGAGAGUGUGUGUGUGUGUCAAACAGCAUGGUCUGAGUCUGAGGACUGGACUGAAAGACGCAACAGCACCAGCAGAAUCCACAGAUGUCCAUGUAGACCAGAGUGGUGACAUCCUCAGACCACCUGGCAGCAGGAGCUCAGCCACCUCCUCACUCAGUCACCAGAGGAGGUCUUGGCUUGUGGUAUUUUUUUUUUUCUUAUUGUACUUUUUUUUUGGCUUCUUACUGGAUUUGGGAGUAGGCUCCGGGCUGGACCGCAUGCAUGACACAACGCAAAGGCGCGAAACCCACCAUCAGCAUCCAGGAGCACAUGGCCAUUGACGUGUGCCCUGGACCCAUCCAGCCCAUCAAGCAGAUCUCAGACUACUUUCCCCGUUACCCCCGGGGCCUCCCCCCUGCUGCUGCUGUGCCCCUACAGCAGCCCCCACAACCGGCGGGCCACACCGGGUCCCAGCGUUCUACCCUCCCUGCCUCCUCUUCCUCCACAGCUGAAAAUGAACGACCCAGUGAAGACAACCCGGACCGGGCGUUCGCUGGUGCCUCUGGCUCUGCCACUUCCUCCGCCUCGCCACAGGCCACCAGGAGGGACGAGGAGCCGGAUGUUGAGGCGUACGACUCAGACGACUCGACCACGUUGGGGACCUUGGAGUUCAGUUUGCUCUACGACCAGGAGAACAAUGCGCUGCACUGCACCAUUAACAAGGCCAAGGGGCUCAAGCCAAUGGACCACAACGGUCUCUCAGACCCUUACGUCAAACUGCAUCUACUGCCCGGCGCCAGCAAGGCGAACAAACUCAGAACCAAGACCCUGCACAACACACUCAACCCUGUGUGGAGUGAGACGCUGACCUACUACGGCAUCACCGACGAGGAUAUGGUCCGAAAAACACUCAGGAUCUCAGUGUGUGAUGAGGACAAAUUCCGCCACAAUGAGUUCAUCGGGGAAACACGAAUCCCUCUGAAAAAACUGAAGCCCAACCAAAUCAAAAACUUCAACAACUGCCUGGAGAAACAGCUCCCCGUCAACAAAACAGAGGAGAAAUCACUGGAGGAGCGAGGUCGCAUCAUGAUCUCUCUGAAGUACAACACCCAGAAGUCCUGCCUGGUGGUCGGCAUCAUACGAUGCGCUCACCUCGCCGCCAUGGAUGCCAACGGCUUCUCCGACCCCUACGUGAAAACGUACCUGAAGCCAGACGAGAACAAAAAGUCAAAGCACAAGACGGCCGUGAAGAAGAAGACUCUCAACCCUGAGUUCAACGAGGAGUUCUGUUAUGACAUCAAAUAUGCAGAUCUCACCAAAAAGACUUUGGAGGUGACUGUUUGGGACUAUGACAUUGGAAAGUCCAACGACUUCAUCGGCGGUGUAUCUCUGGGCAUCAAUGCAAAUGGAGAGAGGCUCAAACACUGGUUCGAUUGCCUAAAAAACAAGGACAAGAAAAUAGAGCGCUGGCACACAUUGACCAACGAAUUACCCGGUUCUUUAAAUGACUAAACCAAGACCCUAGAUCUGUUGAGUCCCACGUUCUUCAGGACCAUUUUUUCCUAACUCCUGUAUCAAACCUUUUCUCUCUGGAUUUUAGCUUUUGUUGGCCGUAACCACUUGUGACAUCUCCUCUGUAACAGGGCUCAGCUAAAAACACCCCCCAAACACUCUUUAAGAUAAAAGCUGCAGGUUUAUUUUACUUUAUUCAAGGAAGGUUUUUAUUUUGUGUCAAUGCUUGAAUUUUAGUGUUGAAUUGAACAGAUUCUUUUUAUUCAGAUUUUCUCUAGUCUUUUCACACAGGCACUUCUUGUAAACCAUUAGCAACUACACAUUUUUGCUAAUGCUACAUGAAGGAGCAUCAAGCUACCACUGAAGAUCUUCAACAAUUCCAGAUGCAGCACAGUUAAUGGCUAAUAGUACACGUGUAAUAGAGCAAAUGAACACAACCAUAUUUGAUCAUUUUGCACUAGAUUUGACAUUUGAAUCAUUUGUCCUUUUGAAAAGAAAA